CAGUAGCGGUGAUGAACAUUUCGCAGCACUCGGGUCCGGUAUGAGCAACCGGGUGCUUGAUCAAGAGUCUGCAGCAGUGCGACCCCACAACAACGAAGGAGCAACCGAGGCACCGGAUUGUCUGUUUCCAAGAUGAUUGAAGUAUCAUUAGGUGUCAGAAACAGCAAUUGGACAUCGCAAUGCCGUUUCUCGCUCGCGAUAGUGGCGUGCAGAUUUACUACGAAGUCCAUGGCAAGGGCAUGCCACUUAUACUCUCCCAUGGCUAUUCUUCCACCUCCGAAAUGUGGCAAGGUCAGAUCGAGUCUUUCACGAAAGCAGGCUACAAGCUCAUCACCUGGGACAUGCGCGGCCACGGUCAGAGCUCAUACCCUCCGCAACAAUUUCUUUACAGUGAAGCUCACACCGUAGCCGACAUUGAAGCCAUUCUCAACAUUGUCUGUGGCCCAAAGACGAGCGUCAUUGUUGGCGGUCUGAGUUUGGGCGGGUACAUGAGCCUGGCCUACUACCGCAUGCAUCCUGAGCGUGUCAAGGCACUCCUCAUCAUCGACACCGGUCCAGGCUUCAAGAGCGAUGCAGCUCGAGAUGGCUGGAACAAGACCGCUCAGGAGACCGGGGCUCGCUUCGAGAAUGACGGACUGGCCCACCUACAGUCCUCAAGCAUGAGCCCGGAGCGACGACAAGUUACACAUCGUGACGCUACAGGACUGGCACUUGCCGCACGCGGCAUGCUUGCGCAGCAGAAUGCGGCUGUCAUUGAGUCGUUGCCCAACGUCCAGGUUCCGGCGCUAAUUGUGGUGGGUGGCAAUGACAAACUCUUCCUCGCAGCCUCCGAGUACAUGACAAAGAAGAUUCCAGGCGCCAAGAAGGUUGUGAUCCCAGAUGCUGGACACGCUGCCAACAUCGACCAGCCGAAGCUAUUUAACGACGCAGUCCUCGCAUUUCUGGCGUCUCUUGGGCCGGCGAAAGCGAGAAUGUAGUCAUUGGCGCUAUGUUAGCUAUAUUUCACCUCUUCCCUGCCUGACACCGCGGUGCUGUGAUGGGAGGCGUAGGGCAUUCUCGG